AUGCCUCUCUUCUCCAGAUAUUCUAUGCGCCAGAACCGCGGCUUCCUAGGUUCCGACAGCUCUGCAUUGCCUUCACAAGAUGCCCAAGAUCGUCAACAACUGCGUUACGAGCUCGACUUGAACGCAUGGAACUUUCGCAUUUGGGGCGUUUGCGCAUCGGGCUUUUUAACAGAUUCAUAUAACCUCUUUUCCACAAACGUCAUUCUCGCUUCCAUCGCAUUUGUCUACUGGCCCAAUGGCCCAGAGUGGUCCGGACUUCUCAUCAACUUCUUUACUCUCCUUGGCUCCGUCAUCGGCCAACUACUCUUCGGCUACCUCGCGGACCGGUAUGGUCGAACCCGCCUCUACGGCAUCGAACUAGUUCUUGUAAUUGUUUCUACGAUCGGUGUAGCCACUAGCAGUCACGGCUACAAUGAUCUCUCUUUCUUGGGUCUCUUUAUCUGGUGGCGCUUUGUCAUGGGGAUUGGAAUCGGAGCCGAAUAUCCCCUCAGCGCAGUAAUUACAUCGGAAUGGUCCAGCACUCAGUCUCGAGCUACCAUGUUGUCUUCGGUUUUCAUGAUGCAGCCGAUCGGCCAGGCCCUGGCCCAGUUGGUUGGUCUCUUUGUACUUCUCGGCUUCCAAAGGAGUCAUGACCUUCAAGGAAUGCGCUGUGGUCUCGAUAGACUGCACGAAGAGGAGUGCAAGGAGGCCUUGGACGGAAUCUGGCGCAUUGUCAUCGGUUCCGGCGCGGUGCCUGCGUUGUUGGCCAUCAUCUUCCGUUUCUUCCUAUUCGACUGCGGCAUCUACAGUCUCGAGGUCCGGAACAAACCAGCAAUUGCUCUAAUGAACACACAGAGGAUUUACGGAGCACCUCAAGGAGGUGGAACCGAGGCCUUUCCCGGCGGCGGUAUUAACGGGCGCCCCCCGAUGAACGGCUCGUUCCCGAUGGCCCAGCUCAACCACCCUCCGCCAUCGACGACAUACCAGAUGAACCCGCCCAACGGAAAUCACACGGCACCUUCUUACCGAACAAACGCGCCGCCUAAUAACAUGCAUCUCACGAGCACCUCGCAGCAGGCCAUGCCCAUCCAGUUUUCCAAGGAGGACAUGCACAACUACUUUAUCCGAGAUGGCAACUGGGCCUACCUCCUCGGAACAGCGGCAACAUGGUUUUUCUUGGAUGUAUCAUUUUAUGGAAUGAGCCUUGAUAACAGAGGGACGCUGUCGACAAUGUGGGCGACUACGAAACCGACGCCGAUCGACGACAGACUCGAGUGUUGGAACUCGUCCCUCCAAGGGGGCAACUCUACAGUGCCACAAUGGGCCAUCGACGGACUUCCGGUUUGGUCGACCGACGCGACACACCCCUGCAACACCAUCUACGACGUGCUGAUCGAGCAGACUAAGCAAUAUUUGCUGACCGUGUCGCUUGCAUCUAUCGCUGGAAGUGCUUGCUUUGUCUUGUUUUCGAGCCGGAUCCCCCGGCGACAGUGGCUCACGGCCUCGUUUCUCGUCCUGGCCGGUUUCUUUGUGGUUACCGGCUGUGUCUAUUAUGGUGUCCAUCAGAAGGAUGGUGCGCCUGCUACAGUGGUGUUUGUGGCCAUCUGCCACUUUAUGUUCAACUUUGGCGCCAACACACUGACGUUCAUGAUUCCCGCCGAGAUCUUUCCAACCUGUUAUCGAUGCAUGUGCCACGGUAUCUCUGCGGCAGCGGGCAAGCUCGGCAGUCUCGUAGCAGUGCUCGUGGUAUACGGCAUCAACCAGUCAUACGACGCCGACACUCGGCAAGGCCUCAUCUUCCUGCUAUUCGGGUCAGUGGCGGCGGUCGGAGCCAUCUUUUCGUGGGCAUAUCUACCCAACUCGCAACGCUGGGUCGAGUACGACGGCAAGAAGUACCUCGAGUCAAAGACGCUCGAGGAGUUGGGCGAGGGCAGGGUCAAGGCGCGGCUCACUGGCGAGCUGGUUACUAUUGAGGAGAAGUGGGAUGAGAUCAAGAGGAGGAAAAGGGGCUCACAAAGGAGCGACCCUUCUAUACCCGAUGGGGCUACAUAA